AUGGGAAUUGCAACCCCUCAGCAAGAUAUCACCGUCCUGGGCCUUGGUGCCAUGGGUUCAGCGCUAGCCCUCGCUUUCCGCAAAGCUGGUCUCGAGACUCACGUCUGGAACCGCACUGUCGAUCGUCCUGGUGUCAAGGCAGUACUAGCUGAUGGAGGUCAGCUCAAAGACACUGCAGCUUCUGCUCUCGAAGCCAGCUCGCUCAUCAUCGUCUGUUUGUACGACUACGAAAGCAUCUAUUCGGUUCUGUCGACAGCAUCGAAAGAGGAGUUCGCAUCCAAAACAAUCGUCAACCUCACCAAUGGCACCCCUUCUGAAGCUCGUGCCAUGUCGUCUUGGAUGCGUGAGCGCGAAGUGCUGCAAUACUUCGACGGCGCUAUCAUGAACACCCCUCAGCAUGUCGGAACACCGCAUGCCUUCGUCUUGAUUAGUGGCGAGGACGAACAGGCGUUCGAUACGAUCAGCACGACUUUGAGGAGUAUCGGCAGACUCGACUUUCUCGGUUCUGAACCUGGAGCAGCGGCCCUCUACGACAGUGUCUUGCUCGCGGGGAUGUACGGCAUGUUCGGCGGGACUUUGACAGCCAUCGCGCUCCUCUCCAAAGCCAGCAGUCCGCGUGAAAAAGGCACUCCUGCCGUAUCAACAGCGGCCGUCAUCGCGGAGAAACUCAUUCCAAUGCUCCAAGCUCUGCUCCCAUCGCUGGUCGAGACGGCCGAGUACUUCGAUGCAAAAGACUGGAGAGGUCAUCCUGCGAACAACAGUGUUCAGGAGGGAGGAUUGAGGAAUAUCCUGGCUACUUGUGAGGAUGAGGGAGUCGAUGCCGGGUUGUUGAGGUAUCAUCAUGAGAUGUUUGGGGAGGCUUUGAAGGAUGGCCGAGGGGAAGAGGGCAUGGCGGGUUUGGUGAGGGAUUUGGUUGGGGAGUAG